UAGCACGAGCCUCGCUGAGUCCUCUCGGUCAGCAAUAUAAAACACUGUACGCUCAAACUACCGUGGACUGGACUCGCCGGUGACAUCGCUGGCGGGCUCUCGACUCUCCGUCUCAAAUAAUAGGAAAUCGCCCAAUUAAACCCCCACCCCUGAAGAAAGAAAUCUCUAUGCCACACUCGUCAUCCGAUCUAAAUUAUUGUCGACAACGAUCAAUAUAUUCUUGUAUAGAGAGGGAUUUAGGGUUGAGAUUUUGGCAUGGCUAUACUUUACGCUGUGGUGGCUCGGGGAACGGUGGUGCUGGCGGAGUUCAGCGCGGUGACAGGAAACAUUGGGGCGGUGGUGCGACGGAUCUUGGAGAAGCUCCCGGAUGAGGAGGAGUCAAGGCUCUGCUUCUCUCAGGAACGAUAUAUCUUUCAUAUACUCAGAUCCGACGGCCUCACCUUCCUAUGCAUGGCCAACGACACCUUUGGCAGGAGAAUUCCAUUUUCAUACUUGGAGGAUAUACACAUGAGAUUCAUGAAAAACUAUGCCAGAGUGGCCCAUUAUGUUCCAGCUUAUGCAAUGAAUGACGAGUUCUCUAGAGUCUUGCAUCAGCAAAUGGAAUUUUUCUCGAGUAAUCCUAGUGCAGAUACUCUAAAUCGUGUGAGAGGUGAAGUUGGUGAGAUACGCACAAUCAUGGUGGAAAACAUUGAGAAAAUAUUGGAAAGGGGUGAUCGAAUUGAGCUUCUUGUCGACAAAACUGCGACAAUGCAAGACGGUGCAUUUCAUUUCAGAAAACAAUCUAAGAGGCUUCGUCGAGCUCUUUGGAUGAAAAAUGCCAAACUCUUGGCCAUGUUAACAUGCUUGAUUGUUCUGUUGCUGUACAUAAUAAUUGCUGCCUGCUGUGGCGGCAUUACUCUUCCUUCAUGUAGAUCUUGACUCUCACUCUCGUUUCUAAGGUACGUUGUUAUUGGCCAUGUCAGGAGGCUUCAGUGAAUUCAACCUUUGAAUUCAUGGUUUGUGUGGAAAUUUAGUAUCUGAAACUUCUACAUGGUUCCAAAUAGUACAGUAUUACUGGAUGUGGGUGGUCUCGCAUUGAAAUGUGAGUCUGAUGAGUUGCUGUCACUUUGUUAUUGUUCAAUUUUGUAUCGUGUAAAAAUGUGUGGAUUAUUAUAAUUGUUCUCUCAAGAUAAAUUAUUGAGGUUCAAAUUUCCUUUAUGUGA